CCGCGUAAGUUUCGGGAAAGCGACGUUAGUUGUCAGGAAGGCUAGCUCCCGCUGAAGAGGGUCUCGGUGCCUUCCUUUCGGACAAUUAACACCAAAUUACGCCCCGUUGUCCGUCUGUUUGGAUACGGGGACAUAUUGGAAGCAGGUUUUCGAAUCAAACCGACGUGAAGGGAUAUAUGAAAGGCGCUGGGAAAAGCAGAAACUCCGUCGAAGCGUCUUAACAAAUGCUCUUCUAAUCGAAAGGAAGUAACUUGCCAUCCUGGUGAAGCUUGCUAGAAUCUGAAUGUCAGCUUCACUUGUGAUGGAGUUGAGCAGGCAGCUCUGCAUGAAGAUGAGGAAAAGCAAGAAGACUCAAUUUUCCUCUGUUCCUGCUCCCACUAUGGGCCUGGAAAUCCAUUUCUAUGUCCCAGAAAUACGCCACCUGGAGUAUAUCAAGGGAUCCUACACAGCUGAGCAGCUAUGUGUGGAUGCUGCCAAGAAGUGCACGAUUUCUCCGCUCUGCCACAACUUGUUUGCCCUUUACAACGAGCUAACUAACACAUGGUACUCUCCAAGCCACGAGUUCAAGAUCACAGAGGACUGCGGCAUCAAGUUGCACUAUCGCAUGAGAUUUUAUUUCAAGAACUGGCAUGGCACCACCGAGGGAGAAUCGCCAGUUUGGAGACACUGCCUCAGUAAACUCCGAGGGCAGAACACACAGAAGGCCCCAGAGGGAACACCGCUGCUGGACGUUGGUUCUCUUGAAUACCUUUACGCCCAGUGUCAGCAUGACUUUCAGACAGGAAUGGCUCCACUCAGGACAGCGCAGUCAGAAGUUGAGCAACACGAGAUAGAAAAUGAAUGCCUGGGCAUGGCUGUACUUGCCAUCACUCACUAUGCCAAGAAUUGCGGCAUACCUUUUUCCGAGGCUUCCCGUGAGAUGAGUUACAAGCGUUUCAUCCCAGAGUCGCUGAACUCCAACAUAAAGCAGCGCAACUUCCUGACCCGCAUCCGCAUCAGCAACGUCUUCAAGAAGUUCCUCGCCGAAUUCAACACCCAAACAGUUGGCGAGAGCAACAUCACCUGCUAUGACCUGAAGAUCAAAUACCUGGCGACUUUGGAGGGGUUGACCAGCAGAAUGGGCAGCGAGCUCUUCGAGCCCAUCUCCCUCAGCAUAAUACAAGAAAAGGAGCUCUCCAACGGAGGUUACUACGGGUACUAUAACCAGGGCCAGGUGCAGAUUAAGUGUCAGAAUCAGAACUUCGAGGCAAGCCAAAACACACAGGUCCUUAUUACUGGCACCACCGGCAUUUCUUGGAGGCAAAAACCAGCAACGGACCUAGUGACACCCAGAGAAAAAAGCAAGCUGAAGAAGGGCAAGCAGGACGAAAAGCAGAAGAACGGCAGGAAUAAGGAGAUGAGCGAAGGCUGGGUGGCGUUCUGCGAUUUCCACGAGAUCACACACACCGUCAUCAAAGAGGCAACCGUCACAAUCAUGAGACAAGACAACAAGAAAAUGGAACUCCAGUUGCCGUCAAAGGCUGAGGCUCUGUCCUUUGCGGCCCUUGUUGACGGGUAUUUUCGGUUAAUCGUGGACGCCCACCAUUACCUGUGCAAGGAGGUGGCCCCUGCUUCGGUGGUGAACAACAUCGAGACUGGUUGCCACGGACCCAUCUGCACCGAAUAUGCCACCCAAAAGCUGCGUCAGGAAGGCAAUGAGGAAGGAACCUACAUUCUGCGCUGGAGCUGUACCGACUACAACUACAUCAUCAUCACUGUCGUCUGUUUCGAGACUAACAUCUUCAGUAACCCCCAUAAGGUCCGUCAGUAUAAGAACUUCCAGAUCGAGGUGAUGGACCGUGGCUUCCGCCUGUAUGGCACCGAGACGUGGCGGCCCACCUUAAAGGAGCUGCUGGACCACCUGGAGCGCCAGUGUCUCCACACCGACAAUGUGCAGUUCCAGCUAAGACGCUGCUGCCCACCACAGCCAAGAGAAAUAUCUAACCUCCUGGUGGUUACCAAGGAGAGAGCCCAGACCUGCCAGCCGCCCAAGCACGAGAGGGAGCUCUGUAUCUUCCAUCGCAUUCCCAAGGAGGACAUCGAGCAGGAGGAGCACCUUGGCGUGGGCACAAAAACCAACAUAUACCUGGGCACGCUGAGAGUCAAGAACGAAGAAGAUGAAGAUGCAGGUUACACAUCUUUCCAGGAAGUCAAGGUGGUCCUGAAGGUGCUCGGUUCUGGACACAGGGACAUCUCCUUGGCCUUCUUUGAGACGGCCAACAUGAUGCGACAAGUGUCUCACAAACACAUCGCGCUGCUCUAUGGCGUGUGUGUUCGCCACCAGGAGAAUAUCAUGGUGGAAGAAUAUGUCCAGCUAGGACCACUGGAUGUGUUUAUAAGGAGACAGCAGAGUCCUCUGAGCACAAGGUGGAAGUUCCAGGUGGCCAAGCAGCUGGCCUCAGCUCUUAGCUACUUGGAAGACAAAAAGCUGGUCCACGGCUUUGUCUGUGCGAAGAACAUUCUGCUGGCCAGAGAUGGACUGGACGAAGAGGAAGGAGAGCCCUUCAUCAAGCUCAGCGACCCGGGAAUACCAAUAACGGUGCUGUCCAGGGAGGAGUGUGUGCAUCGCAUCCCGUGGAUCGCUCCCGAAUGCGUGAGGAGCACGUCCGCCCUGAGCGUGGCCGCCGACAAGUGGGGGUUCGGCACCACCCUGUGGGAGAUCUGCUACGACGGAGAGGUUCCGCUCAAAGAGAAGAAACUGACCGAGAAGGAGCGAUUUUAUGAAGCCGAAUUCCAGCUGGCCACCCCGGACUACAAGGAGCUCGCUGAGCUCAUGACCCGCUGCAUGACGUACGACCCCAAGAAGAGACCCUUCUUCAGGGCUAUCGUCAGAGACCUGGAUGAACUAGAGGAGAAAAACGAAUACAUCAGACCACGCGAUACCACACCGGUGGACCCAACCGUGUUUGAAAACCGUUUCCUGAAGAAGAUCAGAGAGCUUGGAGAGGGCCACUUUGGGAAGGUGGAGUUGUGUCGCUACGACCCGCGGGGAGACAGGACCGGCGAACUGGUGGCCGUCAAGUCACUGAAAGCCGAGAACGGCGAGGAGCAGAGCAACAACCUCUUAAAAGAGAUUGAAAUCCUGAAGGCACUUUACCACGACAACAUCGUCAAAUACAAGGGCAUCAGCCAAGAAGAAGGUACAGCAGAACGCAGACACCAAACGCGCUUACAGAAACGAACGUUAAACGCACAAUAUGCAGCAUCAGAUAGUAAGCACAUAAUGCAGUUAUCCAAUGAUGAUUUUAAUAUCAAGGGGGAAAAAGUUUCCCAACUGGCCUAA